AUGGGACAGGACCGGAAUGGAAUCUGUAGAUCCUGGGGACAGUACCACUAUGAAUCAUUCGAUGGCAUCUACUAUUACUUCCCGGGAACGUGUUCCUACAUCCUUGCCAAAGACUGCCACGCAACAGAACCGCAGUACACAAUCUGGGUUCAUAACAGCCGUGACUGCGAUGGCUCAGUGUACUCCUGUCACAGAUCUUUGAGUCUGUUUUUCCCCAACAAAGAUGAGAUCCAAUUUAUUGGCCAUGAAGUCAAGAAAGGUGGAAUAAGACUGACUCUGCCCCUGACCAUUGGAAAUGUAUUCAUAGAGCGGCUGGCUGAUUACAUCCUGGUAAAGAGCACCUUUGGGUUUUCCCUGGCCUGGGAUGGGAGCUCUGGCGUUUACAUCAAAAUGACCGAGGAACACAAAGGGAGGCCUUGUGGACUCUGUGGAAACUACAAUGACGAUGAAUCAGAUGACCUCACCACCAGCUACAAUGUGCAGACAGAGGAUACUGCCCAUUUUGGAAACAGCUGGGUGGUACAGCUGCCCUCUGAAGCACCGUGCCAGCCCCUGGAGGAGGAUUUCCCUGGCCCUUGCUCAAGCGAAUCUGCCAUGGAAGACGCGUUGGACAAGUGCACUGCUAUCUUGUUCUUCCCUUUUGUCUCCUGUCACGAGAACAUUGAUCCUAACCCAUAUGUUGCCAGCUGUGCCAGUGAUCUAUGUGUAUCAGAGGAUGACGACACAUUCUGCCGAGCGGUAACUGAGUACGCCAGGGCCUGUUCCCACGCAGGCUACCCUGUGCGGGAGUGGAGAGAGAGCUUCCCUGCUUGCACUGACGGGUGUGAAGACAGCUUUGUCCACCGGGAUUGUAUCAGCUGCUGUCCCCCAACCUGCACCUUUGAGAGGGAAUGCCUGGGGAGCAAUCUGCACUGUCUGGAUGGCUGCUACUGCCCUGAUGGAUUGAUCAUGGAGAAUGGGAGCUGCAUCUCGGUGGCAAACUGCCCCUGUGUGUACCAUGGGACGUCCUACCCUUUGGGCUACGCACUGGAGCAAGGCUGCAGUGUCUGCAUUUGCAGUGGUGGACUAUGGAACUGCACAGAAAACAACUGCACAGCGGAGUGCUCAGUCACAGGGGACACACACAUCACCUCCUUCGAUGGGCGCAUAUUCACGCUCGUGGGCACCUGCCAGUACGUUCUGGUGAAGAGCUGGAGAAGCACCAGGUUCACCCUGACGUUACAGAACAUGCCCUGCGGUGAGAGCCUGGAGCACUCUUGCAUUCAGUCAAUAACGCUGGUGGUGGAUGAGGAUGUGAGUCGGCAGGUGACCCUCACUAAGGACGGGGAGGUGCUGGUUGGAGUUAACCAGGCAGCCAGCCUCCCCUACUCCGAUGGUGAUGUUGUCGUUUCCAAGGUGACCUCCUUGUUCACGCAGCUGAAGACCAGCUUUGGUUUGCGGGUCCAAUUUGAUAGAGGAGGGGGCAGGCUGUACGUGCAGGUCGAGAGCAGCUGGGAAGGUGGACUCGUGGGUCUCUGUGGCACCUUCAACGGAAAUUUAAGAGAUGAUUUUCUAUCUCCAUCAGGAAUGAUUGAGGGCACGCCCCAGCUUCAUGCCAAUGCAUGGAAGGUCUCAGCAGCUUGCACAAGCCCUGUGAACAUCCCCAUCAUAGAUCCCUGUGAGAUGAACCAGCAAAACGUCUUUUAUGCAUCACAGUGUGACAUCAUCAAUGAAGGCCUGUUCUCCCCCUGCCAUUCCUAUGUGAGUCCCGGAGUCUAUUUCCAGCAGUGCCGCUAUCAAGCCUGCAAAUGUGGGAGCAACUGCCUGUGCACUGCGCUGGCACACUAUGCAUACAUCUGCACCAAACACAAGGUCUUCGUGAAUUUCAGGUCCCAUGUCUCAGAAUGUGGAAUGGUUUGCCUUGGAGGGAUGAUGUACCACUCCUGCACCAGCACAUGUGGGAAGACCUGCUUGUCCCUCUCUAACAACGAGGCCUGUGAUGAUGACUGCGCUGAGGGCUGUAACUGCGCUGAGGGUCUAUACUACGAUGAAGCCCGGCAGCGCUGUGUCACAGAGUCUCAGUGCCACUGUUAUUUCAUGGGGGCUGUAUACCAGUCUGGUGAAGUCUCCUUCAGUGCAUCAGGCCCCUGCCUCUGUAGAAAUGGAAGGAUGGAAUGUGCUCCCGAGGAACCAGAGCCUGAUCCAGGGGACUGCCCCCCUGGGAAGACUUACUUUAACUGCCGAGACCACCAGCCUGGCCAGCCCCGCACUGGCAUUGCCUGUGAAGUAACCUGCCGCAACCUGAUGCUGAACCUGACCUGCCCACCUGCCACCCCCUGUGUGAGUGGGUGUGGCUGCCCAGCAGGGCUUGUGAGGCACAAGCAGGAGUGCUAUUUCCCAGAAAACUGUCCCUGUGCCUGGCUGGCUUUGGAGUAUUUACCAGGAGAGGUGGUGUCCACACCUUGUUAUAAAUGUGUCUGCCACAGAGGGUUUUUCAACUGUACCCACUACCCUUGCCCGUCUGUGUGCACUGUUUAUAGUGAUCGGCAUUAUCAUACCUUUGACGGGCUGGAAUAUGACUAUGUCAGCGACUGUCAAGUCUAUUUAGUAAAGAGUACCAGUGGAACUGAAGUCUCCAUUACAGCUCAAAAUAAGGACUGUUAUGAGAGUGGCAUUAUUUGUAUGAAAUACCUUGUGAUCUUCGUUGGACUUACCAAAAUCUAUUUCAUCGACAAUUCCGGAGACCCGAGUUCAUCAAGUGUAAUUGGAAAGGGGUAUGAGUUUCAGCUGUGGAAAGCUGGCUAUUACACAGUCAUACACUUUCCAAAGCAAGCACUCACGAUCCUGUGGGACAAGAAGACAACAGUGCACAUUCAAGCUGGGCCUGAGUGGAAGGGUCUGCUUACAGGGAUGUGUGGCAAUUUUGAUAAAAACACAGUAAACGACAUGACCACUUCCAGUAACAUGGAGGUGAGCAAUGCUCAAGCCCUUGGAGACAGCUGGGCCCUUGGACAGUGUGAAAGUGACUAUGUAGUUAAGAGGCCGUGUGAAGGUGACCUGAUCCGGCAGCCAUAUGCUAAGAGAGAAUGUGCUAUUUUAUACAGUGAUGCCUUCGCCUCCUGUCACAAUGUGGUUGACGUGACUUGGUUUUACAAGAACUGUCUGACGGACACCUGCAAUUGCAACCGUGGUGGGGACUGUGAGUGCCUGUGUACCAGCAUUGCUGCUUACGCUCACAAAUGCUGUCAGCAGGGGGUAGCAGUUCAUUGGAGAUCUCCUACUGUCUGCUCCUAUGACUGUGAAUACUACAAUCGAGAACUUGGUGAUGGACCUUAUAUAGUGUAUAAUUCUGCGUACAAUGACACCGUCUUCGGGGCAAACCUGACCAGUGGGGAAGUUUUCCCCUUGCCCAGAAUCAGUGCUGAGGGGAACGUGCUGUUUAACUUCAUGAUAAUUUCAGGCCUUUACAAGGACAGAUACUCACGGCUGCCAGUUAUCUCCUUUGAAUCUGCUGAGAGACCCAACUACUUCCUGUGGGCCUCUGAGGAUGGUUCUCUGCGCCUGGAGCAGUGGAGUGCCAGUGAGGAGUUCCGUAGGCAGGCCACCUACUUCCACCACCAGGGCCUGGGGAUGGCAGGCUACAGCUCCUUCGAGCUAUACAGCCAGAAGGGCUUCUUCAUCACUCUCACGAGGACUGCUGCCAGAGCCUUGGGGUACGACUACUCUGAGGAGUUCAAGCACAUCAGCAGUUUUACCAUUGAAGACAGCAGCACGAUUAUUCCAUACAGGAUGAUGUGUGAAUGGAGGUACCACAGCUGUGCAAGUCCUUGCAUCAAAACAUGUAGUGAUCCUGAUGCUGUGAAGUGUCAGUUUUUACCCCCGGUAGAAGGCUGCUUUCCUCGCUGCCCUAAGAGCAUGAUUCUAGAUGAGGUGACACGAAGAUGCGUAUAUCCAGAGGACUGCAUCUUUCUACCACCUACACCAACUCCGUAUAUGUUUGUGACAAAGUCAAACAGAACUACAGCAUCACCCACAACGACAUCAGCCACUACUACUGUCUUAACAACCCCGACUGUAACCAAAACAGAGACCACCUCCACAGCAACAUCUACCACUGAGCACAGCAGUGCUGCAACUACCACAAGCUACGCUACUGUGAUGACAACCACAGUCUCCACCCUGGUUCCUUUGAGUCCGCUCUCUGCAGUGACCACCCUUUCCACCUUACCAUCAGUUUCCUCUGUCCAGACGUCCACUGUAACUGAAAGCCCCACAACUUCUCCCUUCCUGACCACCAGUCGGAUCACUAGUGCUCUGCCAACCCUCAGUUUAGAAGACACUAGGAUGACUUCAACAAUGACCAUCACAAGCCAACCUGAAGUGUUGACCACAGAAGUGGGGACAACUACCCAGGCUCCAUUGUCUACCGUCACAAGUGAAGUGCCUCCCACCUCUUCAACUUUGUAUACUAGAGCUACAACCACAUCAGAAGGGACAGUAUCCACAUCUGUGAGUAGCUUCUCAACAGAAGGCCCAUCAACUUUACAGCCAACCACCAUUACAGAGCCUUUUACAACUACAGCUUUGGUGACAGCAGCCACAAGUGUUUCCUCUCCAACACCUUACAACGUGUCCAGUGCCGUGACAGAAACCACAACUUUAACAAGAGGAGCCACCACAGCUGCAACAACUGAAUUACCAUCAUCAUCCACAGAGCUGAAGACAACUGACACAACAGCAUUCACGACUACCACUGAAGUGUCAGCUCCAGCCUUGACUCCCACUGCAGUUGUGCCAGUUCCUCCAUUCCCACUCACAAGUGAAGUGACACACACAUCCUUGGCCACUUCAGUGCCCUCUACUGUUACAGAAACGUCACCUCCAGGGCUAUCCACAAGCCCCAUCACAACAGCCCUUUCUACAACCGAAACCAUGACAACCACCAUAGAGGUGGAGACUUUUACACAAGAGGUCACAACUGCUACUCCCCCAUCUACUAAUACCACUUUAACUGACCAUACCACCUACAGCACAGUGAUGCCUUCAAUACUACAGCCAACAUCAAUGUGCACACCCCCAUAUUCCUACCAAGUGGAUGAAUGCAGUGAAUAUAUCUGCUUUAACGGUCACCUGAUGUUCCACAAUGCCUCUUUGCAAUGUCGGAAUAACGUGUCUCAGCCUAACUGUGGGCUCCUGGGAAUGCCGGUUCAGAUUAACAAAGACAACUGCUGCCCACAAUGGGAAUGCCCAUGUCGCUGUUCCAUCAUUUCUGAUCUGCGUGUCAUCACGUUUGAUGGCAAUAACGUUGCGCUUUACGAUAAUGGCUCCUACAUUCUGGUUCACCUGCCGAGAGAAAACAUUGUGGCUCACAUUGAGAAAUGUCCAACGAGCGAGAGUGUUAACUCUAUAAGACGCCCCACUCCAACAGGUGGAACAUCUGGGCUGUGUUUUAAAAAGCUGAAUAUAACAACACAUUCAUAUAAGGUUCUUAUCAAUCAGCUGGAAAGGAAGGUGUCUGUGAACUUCAUUAAUGCUCGCCUGCCAUUCACGAGGCAGAGUCUGCAUAUAGAUGACACUGGCACCAUGUAUGUAAUCAACACCCCGGGGGGAGUGAGCAUCCAGUGGUACCACAGUACUGGCAUCAUAGUGCUUCAGUACAGCCCUCCGUACAACACAACCAGCGGGACUCAGGGCCUUUGUGGCUGCUGUGAUGGAAACCCUGCGGACGAUCUGAAGCUUCCCAAUGGGACUGUCAUUAGAAACGUGGAGGACAUCCCCGUCUUCCUGUACAGCUGGAUGGUGCACACGUCAGAAGAGACCGAUUACUUCAGGAGGGUGGGAGACAACUGCACCACAGGCAACUGCACAAAAUGCUUCCAGAUGCUGAACCAAAAUCCUUUCACUGUGUGCCAUGACAAAGUUUCACCAGAGCAAUUCUGUGAUAAGAUCUGGGCUGGAGAUCUUCACUACAAGAACCAUGAAUGCGAUUUUCUUGCUGCCUACGUGGCGAUCUGCUACACUCACAACACCUGCAUCAACUGGAGGACGCCGGGAUUUUGUCCGCUGAAGUGUCCCCCGGGAAAGGAAUACCAGGCUUGUGUGAGCACCUGCAAAACAAAGACCUGUCAGAACAGAGAGUACUACGAGGAAUCCACGUGUUCCUACAUCAGGGAGGAGUGUGUGUGCAAAAGUGGGACCAUCCUACACCGAGCUGACUCUGCAUUCUGUGUCACAGAGGAGCAAUGUGUUUGCACUGACAAUGAGGGAGGGCCCCGGGCCCCUGGGGAGGUUUGGAAGGGCUCCAUUAAGGGCUGCUGCAUGUACAAGUGCAUGGAGAACGGCAGCAUCAUUGCAGUGGAACCCAACUGCAGCGAGGUGCCGACCCCUAUCUGUGAACGGGAGGGGGAGUAUGUCAUUGAUGUCAUUGAAGAGGGGGCUUGCUGUCCAAAGAAGAUCUGUGAGUGUAAUUUAACCAUGUGUGACAAUGAGGUUCCUGCCUGUGAAAAUGGUAAUAAACUUAUGAUUGGCUACAGCACUAUAUCCUGCUGUCCCGAUUAUAGAUGCGAAUGCGACUCUCUGGCCUGUCCCACUCCUAUACCCCCUGAAUGCAGAGAGGACCAGUUCCUGGUAGAAGUGAGGGAGGAUAAGUCAUGUUGCUAUUCCUAUCUGUGUGUCUGUGAGUCCUGCAUCGACCCCAUCCCUUUGUGCAGUGAAGGAGAGAUUCUCGCAGUUGAUCUCAAUACAACUCAUCGCUGCUGCCCACAAUACCAGUGUGUCUGCGAUGUGAACCUGUGCCCUGUAGCUCAUGUGGAUUGCAAACCUGGCACAGUUCUGGUGAAGAAGAGCAUUGCUGGACAGUGCUGUCCGGAAUUGGAAUGUGAGUGCAGCUGCCAAAAUAAUUCUAUCCCAUUUUGUCAGGUGGGGGAGACCCACGCAGAGGAUCCUGACUUCUCCAGUGAAUGCGGCUGCACUCGCUACUUUUGCAAGAAAACCGACGUGUGCCUGUUUCAAGGAGUGACUGUGCUGAGCCCUGGCCAGUCCAUGAUCCAGUACUUCGAGAGGGAUCUCUGUUACAUGGUGCACUGCUUGCAGAAGAUGGACCCUAGCUCAGGCUUCCAUGCUUUGGACGUGGCCACUGUCAACUGCUCAGAGAAAUGUGGCGCUCAUCAAGUCUACGUUCCAUCUUCGGAUCCCCAUAUUUGCUGUGGCUCCUGCAAGAAUGUGUCUUGCACUUUCACAAAUGAAAACGGGACCAUUGACUUAUAUAGGGCAGGGAGUACAUGGGUAUCUAACUGCACUAGAUUUGAUUGUGUGGAGUCAGCUGUCGGGGCUGUGGUACUUGGCUCUGGAGUUGUCUGCCCCCCUUUUAACGACACUGAAUGUGUGCAGAAUGGAGGGACUGUGCAGAGCUACAUCGACGGGUGCUGCAAGACGUGCAAGGACGAUGGAAGAACUUGCAAGAAAGUCACAAUCAGGACGAUAAUCAGAAAGGACGACUGCAGGAGCAGCACGCCAGUGACAGUGACCUCCUGUGAUGGGAAAUGCCCGUCGGCCACCAUUUUUAACUUCAACAUUAAUAGCCAUGCCAGAUUCUGCAAGUGCUGUAGAGAAAGCAGUCUGGAGAGCCGCACAGUGCAGCUGUACUGCACUAGAAAUAGCUCUUUAGUUGAUUAUGUUUUCCAGGAGCCAGCAGACUGUACUUGUCAGUGGAAUUAGAUGCCAGUGAUGUUGAUCUUCAAUUGGUUUCUCAAAGGGAGUCUUUGCAUUGCUCCGGCACACACUUCUGAUCAGAUGUUAUUUUAACAGACUUUAAGAAUCUAUGUUACUAAAUACCAAGUUAGGAUUGUGAAUAAGCUUCAGUAUCCACACUGCCAGUCACUAAGUCAUGGAGACUAUUAUUAUUAUUAUUAUUAUUAUUAUUAUUAUUAUUAUUACUAAUAUCGCAGAUGCCAAAGUGACAUUUUACACAUGUUUAGUUCAAUAUUUUAGAGAAUCAUUGAAGGUAUUUGAAAUGACUUGUACAACAUCUGAUCCUCUGUUCUCCUAGUAAUCGUGAAUAUGAUGAUAUUAUAUACAACUUACUUCUCAGUCAAUAACACA